AUGUCACCAAUUAGAGAGCAUCAAACUUCACCUUCUUCACAGCACCAGCCAAUUGCUCAUUCUUCACGCGAAGAUCAUUCGUCAACAAAGAGUGAUAAGUCAAAUUCAUUGCUAACGACCGUAAUAUACGUGGAAACUUUACAGGAAUAUAUUGAUUCGAAAAGAAAGGCCCACAUAAAAGCCGGUUCUCUUGAUCAAUAUUUACAGCAUAUUCAAGCCUUUGGACGAAUUAAGAAAUUACGAAGACGAGAUUUCCUGAAAGACCGGAAAUGUCUUAAUCGUCUCCCUCAGCAACCUACUUUAAUAAAUUCUGCAAUUUCACAACGAUCAAAUCCCUUUUCGAAUUCUUUGGAAUCUAUUUUUAAUUCAUCACCUAAUGCUGAAGAUGAUACUAUGAACGAUAACCUUCUCGAUGAAGUUUUGUCUAUUGAUGAAAAGAUUUCAAAGAAGGUGAUACAUGUGGUCUGCUUUGAUGUUUCGACCAUUCCUUUCGUUGUACUGGAUCAACGCGCUAAAGUUUUUCUGGACAUCCUAAACUCUCCUGAUCCGACGCAGAAUCUUCGUCAAUUGUAUUCUAAUGUGUCUUCUGCGAAUUUCCUAAUCGUGGGGUGA